AUGGAGAUCGCGAUGCGCCGUCGAACUUUCUGCGGCAAGACUCACCUGCGCCGCCUUAAGGCGGAGCGCUCGAGUCUCUCCAAGCUCGACGACGAACAGCCCAAGCCGUCGCUUCCCAGUCCGCGCCCCAUCCGACUUCUGCACGAGAGCGCCAUGGCCGAGCUCUACCAGGAGCAGCAGCGCCCAUCAUCUCACUCUCGUUCGAGCCGUCGCCCAGCAUCCUCUUCCGCUUCGUCCUUCUCGUCUUCAGAAUCAUCGACGGCCUCACUACGCCGACUCCUGGAAGAAUCAGAAGAGCAACUUGCUCGAGCCCUUGCUCAAGCAGAAGGAGGCACAGCCGACGCCGCUCAGUUAGACGAACUCAACGCUCGAGUGGCAGCCUUCUCCGCCGCGUCCUCCUUACUUCGAGCAAGUAUCUCCAGCAGUGCGUUACUCGGAGGAGGCCCCGACUCCGACGAACAGCCGCGAGCGGACGCCCCGAUAAUGAGUUUGUCCGCUCCUGCCACUAUUACUGGCGGCAACAUCGCAGUCUUGGAUUCAAGCGACAGCAUUGACAUAACACGACGACGCGAAUGCCAGAUCUGUUUUGACAAGCUGGACGCUCUUCAAGCGCACGUGUGUAUUUCAUGCUGUGGAUCUUUUUGCGCCAGUUGCACACGUUGGUACAUCGAGUACAAAGUGCUGGAAGGCGAAGUCUCGCAGAAGAAGAUGGUCUGUCCAGCACCACAGUGUACACGUCCGCUAUCUGAGGAGCUCAUUGAAGCCUUGGUGUCGCCUGAUACGUUCACCAAGUACAAAAAGUUCCUCAAGAACCAGAAGGUCGGUAUCCGUUUCUGCCCGCGUGCUGGUUGCUGCGCCGUCUUGGAUGAGCCGCUCAAUUCCACUGUACGUAGAGUCAAAUGCCAGGCAUGCAAGCACGAGUCGUGUAUGCGUUGUGGCGGAGACUUCCACAAAAUCCCGACGUGUCGUCGUGUGGAGAGGCGCUUUGGACACUGGAAGAAGCGGCACAAUGUGCGAGCGUGCCCAAGCUGUAAAGCUGUCAUCGAAAAGCAAGGCGGAUGCUCGCACAUGAAGUGCUUCCAGUGCGACCAGGAGUUUUGCUGGUCGUGUCUGUGCUCUUGGGAUAACCACGAUGAAACACUGUGUCUACCGCUGAGUUUCCUGCGCUCCAAGAGCCGCAAAUACGGCUGUUGGGCGCCAAUGCGUGUCGUCACCAAGACAGCGAUCGUAGGGGUAGCAGCAGUCGUGGCUGUUGCCGGAGCAGGACUUGCUGUUGUAGUGCUGCCGCCAGUGCUAGGAUACCAGUACGCCAAGGACUCGUACAGACGCCACAAGUAUGCGCGUGCGUCUUAUCUCCGCGUGAUGGACGGAGACGCUUAUCUUCAUUAA